GAAGAAUUCGCGCCUCCAUCGGCAUGGCGCGGUCGCGCCUCGGCCGCGUGCUCCGGAGGCUCGACGCGCUGACGGACUGGGAGCGCGGCUCGCGCGCCGGCAUGGCGGCCGCCGUCACCGCCCAGCCGUGCGCCGAUCUGCUCAGCGUGCUCGGUGAGCCGCAGCGCCGGUUCCGCCACGUGCACGUGGCUGGCUCAAAGGGCAAGGGCAGCACGUGCGCGCUGCUGGGCUGCGCGCUCGAGCGGGGCGGCUGGAGGACCGCCGUGCUCUCGUCGCCGCACGUCGAGAGCCUAACAGAGCGCGUGCGGAUCGAUGGGCAGCCGAUCGGCGAGGCGCCGCUCGCGGACGCGCUGGAGGCCGCGCUCGACGCGCGCGCGGCGGCGGCGGCGCGCGGCUCCGGCGGCGGCGGCGCGAGCUGGUUUGACGUCUUUGUCGCUGCGUCGCUGCUCGCGUGUGCUGAGGCGCGGGUGGGCUGGGCUGUGGUCGAGUGCGGCCUCGGCGGCCGGCGCGACUCGACGAAUGUGCUGGGCGCGGAGGUGGCGCUGCUGACGUCGGUCGAGCUCGAGCACACCGAGGUGCUCGGCGACACCCUCGCGGCGAUCGCGGCCGAGAAGGCUGCCAUCGUGGCGGAGAGAGGCGCGCUGCUUGCGUGUGUGCCUCCCCACCUCACGCCCGCGGUGCGCGAGGAGGCGCGGCGGCGGCGCGGCGGCUCGGUCACUCAGCUGCCGCCGUCGGCCGACCGAGACGCCGACAACGUGGAGCUCGCCCGCCUCGCGCUCGACGAGCUAGGCAGGCGCGGCGCCACCGCCGCCGCCGACGCCGCCUCCGCCUCCGCCUCCGCCUCCGCCUCCGCCUCCGCCUCCGCCUCCGCCUCCGCCUCCGCCUCCGCCUCCGCCUCCGCCUCCGCCUCCGCCUCCGCCGCCGCCUCCGCCGCCGCCGCCUCUGCCGCUGGCACCGGCCGGUGGCUUCUCGGCCGCCACUUGCUGGGGGAGGAGGAGGUGCGGAUGGCGCGGCGCCGCCUACCCGCACGGUACGAGGCGCUCGAGUCCGCGUGUGGCGUGGCCGUCCGCCUCGACGCCGCGCACACCGCCGCCAGUGCCGCGAAGCUCGUCCGCACCGUCGCGCGCGGCGGCGGCGGCGAGGCGGCGCGCCCGCCGGUGUUGCUCGUGGGAAUGCUCGAUGACAAGGACCACGCGGCCGUCGGCGCCGUGCCCGCGUUCGCACGCUCCGCUAUCGACGACCCCUCAUCGGCACAGCGGAUGCACCUAGGCGCCGCUCUCGCGUCGCUCGCGCCGCCGCACGCCGUGGUGUGCGACGUGCUCCCCACCGCCGCCGGCGGCGGCGGCGGCGGCGCUGUCCCGAGGCCCGGCGGCGACGCGGCGGCAGCUACGGCCCUCCGCGAGGCGGUCUCUGCCGGCGGCGGAGGAGGCGGCGCCGUCGUCGAGAUGGCGGCCGACGUCGGCAGCGGGCUCGAGGGCGCGCUCGCGGCGGCGAGGCGCCACGGCACGUGGCUGCUUGUCGCGGGCUCGUUCCGGCUCUGCGGCGCGGUGCGGCCGCUGCUGCGCGAGCGGCGCGAGGAGUUGGUAGUACGUAAGAGUGAAGAGAGCGACUGGGAAGCAAAAAGUUGAGAGAGGGGGGCUAGACGCAUGAAAGCAUGUUUGGC